AUGCCCGAAAAUGACAAGCCCUUGGCAACUAUCAUAGAAGGCAGAUGGUAUUCUAUUGGAAAAAGGGGUAGACCAAGUCUGGAACUAACUAGAACACAGAAUAGGAGAGUUCAAAGGCAAUACUGCACCUUCCUCAAGAGUAAGGAUGACACACAAGUACUUACAGAGACCAGUUCUGCUAGAAAAGGGAAAAACCCAAAAUUAGAUUCUCAGGCAGAACAGACAACAUGUCAACCAGAAAAGCUGACAAAGAUAGAAUCUCCAGGAAAAUCUUCUAUCCAUCAUGCCUCAUCCUCAAUCAAUCAACUUGAACCUUCACAGUCACAAGGUCAAUCUGGACCUCUUCCAGUAGAAGGACAAAAAGAUUGGACUGAAGAAUAUGAAGAGGAGUAG